CCCCAAGGGCCCUUUAUGACUUCCUCCAGGAGGGUGUCACGGAGAGUCACCCACUCUGCUGUGCUGGCAGUCAGUGUCCACAACAGCCAGAGGGCUCAGCAGCGCAGGAUCCCAGAGAGAACCAAAAUGGGACAGAGCUUCUGGAAACAGUUCCAUCUGGCCCUCACCAUCUUAGUCCUGAACCUGGGGUCUGCUGUCACCGGAGAUGGCACUUCCAGCUGCUAUGGGAUUCCAGGGCUGCCAGGCCUGCCGGGUGUACCGGGCAGGGAUGGCCGGGAUGGGCUGAAGGGAGCCAAAGGAGAGCCAGGCCUCCCGGCCACUCCUGUAACACAAGGGCCCAAGGGCAUGAAAGGGGAGCCGGGCAACCCUGGCUUGCCAGGCAAGACUGGCCCCACCGGUCCCCCUGGUCCUCCUGGAGACCCUGGAAUGAUGGGCAAGGCGGGAGAGCCGGGAAUGCCAGGCAGCUACAAGCAGAAGCACCAGUCAGCAUUUUCAGUGACAAGGCAGACCAGUGAGCAUCCCCCGAAGAAUGUCCCUGUGGUGUUCAACCACGUCAUCACCAACACUAACCACGACUACAACACCACCACGGGCAAGUUCACCUGCAAGAUCCCCGGCCUCUACUACUUUGUCUUCCACACCUCACAGACAUCCAACCUCUGCGUCAUCCUGUACAAGAAUGGGAUCAAGAUGGCCAACUUCUGCGACCAUAAUACCAACACCAUACAGGUCAGCUCUGGUGGAAUCCUUCUCCGUCUGGAUUUUGGGAACCAGGUCUGGCUGACAGUGAAUGACUACAGUGGCAUGGUGGGCAUCAGCAACUCUGACAGCGUCUUCUCAGGGUUCCUGCUCUUCCCAGACUAGAGACCCACCAGGGCCCACCCCUGCACGCCUUUUUCAUCAUCCUGCCCUGCAAAUGCUGCUGCUUACUGCCGAGCUGUUGCUGAUGCUCCAGGUUUCUCUGCUGGGUGGGAAGCCCCAUCAAGGGGAUCAGCCUGAGCCUCCAGCCUCACACCCCUGGCCUGGGGACAGAGGGCAGGCGGUUGCUGAACCGGGGCAACAGGCAUCCCUGGAUGCAUCUGCACCCAGAGUGAUGGUGCCAGGCCCCGGGGUCCUGUUGGCACUUCCACCUGCAUCCACCCUGAUAACCUCACAUUAUCUUCUGCUGUUGGAGACAGAGGUCUCCCUGCAUGUCUCCCCGCAUGUCUCCCCUUCCCACCUGGAUUGCACCAGGGACACCCGGGUGUCCUGGAGCAGGCUUGCAGCAGCACCUUUGCUGUCACCCAGCUGUGGAAAGUCUCAAUAAAUCCUUCUCCAGUGGUCCUGA